AUGUCACCGGCUACGGAAGGGAAACUUAGCAGCACGCAUGCUAGUUGACAGAUCCCUAAAGGAGCACCUCGUGUCUACUACCUUCAGACUGUAAUUUUAUGGUCGUGACCCCAGCUGACUGAGGCAGCCUGUCAGUUGACAUCGAAGUUGGCAGUGGACGCUGGUGCAAUGAAGACCUCAGUGCAUAGUUAACCUGAGCCGAGAGGUCUGUGGUGAUGUUUCGCCUCCGAUCUCUGAACUCCUGCUUCCGCAGGCUCCUUCAUGUAGGGACAGUCAACAGAGACCAGGUUCUGGAGCAGCUGCAGGUUUGCGUAGCCGAAGACCAACUUUUUGAUGUGGUGGGCAAGAACAAGGCCAAGCUCACAGUGGACCAUGUGAGCUGUGCUGUGGGGCUGCUGUGGCAGUUUCACAAGGAGAAACCUGAGCUGCUCCGGAACCUCGACCUCACAAGGACUCACCCACAGUUCUUGACUCUUCGGGUUCUGGCAGAAAACAAAAUUGCACAUAUGGAUGAUUUCAUGUUGAUCAACAUGCUUUACGAUUUCAUGAGGCUGGAUCUGGAGCGACAAGACUCCGUCUUUCAGCAGCUGGUUUCAGAAGCAUGGCUAAGAAUAGACAGACUUCCAAUGAGCUGUCUAUCCAAGUUCGCUAUCUGUUUAAAUGAUAUGCACCUUUCCCACAGCCCUCUAAUGGGCCACAUCACCAGCAUCGUCGAUCAGAAGCUGCCGUCUAUUGAUGAUUCCAGAGCCCUGUCUGCUCUGAUGAUCAGCAUAUCGCCGCUGGUGUCUCCCCAGCUGCGGGAUGCUCUCAUCAGCAAAGUGGAUCAACUCCUGGACAACAUGGGUCAUUCAGAGUUCAAUACUGCACGGAGAAUAGUGCAGUUUUUGCGCAACAUGAAGUACCUUCACCGACCUAUUCUGGAGAAGUGCAACAAGAUCAUUUUGAGCUGCAUUCCCACUAUGGAUGUAGAGAACAUCCACAUCGUCUUUGGCCUGUACCAGUCGCUGCAGUUCAACAGCUACGAAUUCAAGCUGGCUGCCAAACAAAGGCUGACUGAACUGAUUGAUUCAACCACUGAUUCCUUCUCCUUCACUAAGCUGUUUGUUAAUCUGGCUCCCAUGGCCAGUCCCCCGAUCAGAGAAAGAAUGGAGAACACUGCCCUCCUGUUGGCAGAUGAGUUCAGUGCACACCAGGCUUUUGUUUUUGCUGAAGCUCUAGAACAGAUUCAGAGCAAGAACUUGAGUUUGCUGAACAAAGUUGCAUCAGUCAUCCAAAGGAACCUUCAUGUCUACAGGCCAGUGGACCUGGCCAGAAUCACCCAAGCCCUUUACCAGAUGUAUUAUUACAACCCCGAACUCUUCAGUAAACUGAGAAAGGUUUUGGUCAACUCUUUGCAGCGCAGCUUCCUUCCCUACGAAGUGACCAUACUGACUCGUGUACUUGCCUUAGUUCCCGGCCCGCUACUUGAAGAGGUCACGAUCUCCCGGGUGGAUGCUAUGGUGGAGCAGUGCAGACUCAGCGACCUCAACACCGUUUCUUUGUCCGUCGCCAAGUGGAUACGGAACGAUCCAUCCUACCAGCUCAACACUCACAGCAAGUACGACCAUGUGCUACAGACGCUGAACCGCUGCGGCCACCAGAGGCUGCAGACGGCCGACCGGCUCGACUUGGUGCUUGAGGAGCUCAAGUUCAUGACAGGGGACUGGUUCGAGGAGAUGCUGCUCGAAGAGACAAUGGCCAUGCUGCAGAGGAUGAUGGACCAGAUAAACUGGAGCAAUGUGCCCGAGCUUUCCCUCUUCAUAGCCAGGACAAAUCACCUGUGCCCCCCUCUGAUGGACCGAAUCGCCAGUGUGACCAUAGAACACAUUGACAAGAUUCACCCCGCAGCAAUAUAUGGCAUCAUGCUAUCCUUUUCUGUCCUGAACUACGAUCCUGUGCAGGCAGACGAGGUGUUCAAUGUUUGUAUUAAGCGCCUCACUCCUCACAUCAGCUCCUUUGAGCCACAUCUGCUAGUCCUCGUGGCAUCCUGCCUGGCAGUAGUUGACAGAUUUCCUGAAGAACUAAUCAGAGAAAUCUUCAGCAUCGACUUUCUGGGAAAGCUGGAUUCCCAGUUAGAAACCCUCCCUGAGGCCCUCAGCAUGCGGACACGACAACGCCUCAUGGAGCUCAAUCGCGCCGUGUGUCUCGAGUGUCCCGAGUUCCAGGUGCCAUGGUUUCAUGGGCGCUACUGCCAGCAGUUACAAAGGAAAAUGCACAGUGCUGUCAGUCCUGUGCAAAAGCAAAUCUACAAAAUUCUGGGUGACGUUUUUGGUGGAAUUAACUAUGUCCAAGUAGCUGUCACCACUCCAUAUUACUACACUGUAGACUUUGAAUGCAAACUGGACAAACACUCACGGCCGUUGCCUUACAGCGAGUCGAACACACUGCAGGUGUUAGACAGAGGCGAGGCUCACUGGGAUACGAACUCACUGGAAAACGGCAGGGAUGAGCUGCCACCUGGAGCUCAGCGUGUUGCUGUGGAAUUUCUUAGUUCAAGGUUCUUCUGCAAAAAUUCUCAUCAUAUGAAAGGUGAAACCCUGAUGAGAAAGCGACACCUCGAAAUUCUGGGAUAUCGUGUUGUUCAGAUUCCUCACUUUGAAUGGAACUCGAUGGAGCUUUCCACUCAUGAUGCCUGGCAGGAAUAUCUAAAGAAGAAAAUAUUCGGAUAGCUUUCUCCUUCGAGCUGUUAUUUAUAGAAUAAUGACAGAAAAGUUACCUGCAGCGCUGAGCUAUUAGCCUGGUUUUGAAGAAUGUUUUGGCAGAGUGACUGAACAGAGUUUUGAAUGCAAUGUGUUAAUAUACAUAAAGUGCUCCUUGCUUUUUUGUUAUUAUAGUAUAAAGUUGGCAUGAAUCUACCUCGUUCAUGUUGAGCAAAAAUUGUGCAUUAUGUGCUUUUGUAUUAAACAUUUUUGAAAAAAA